AUGGGUUUCGGGGACAUCAGUGUUAUAGCUUCGCACAGAAGUACCGGGAAACGUAUUAAAGACGUUCUUGCUGACUUCUGUGGUGAUUCAGAAAAGCCACUUAUCAAACUUUGCAGCUACAUGCUAUGCCUUUUGCGCACUCCUCCCAAGUCAUUAGGCGAUAUGUUCGCGUUCUACUACAAUUUCAUCCUAUGCUGGGGUUUGAAGGGUAAUGAUCAUAAGAGUGAUGCCUUUAAAAAGGCGGUCGCCAAAGCAUAUUUCGGGGAAACAUAUCCCAAAUUAGACAUUACUUCAAUGUUCCGCUCGCAGCAUCAUGCAGCGGAUAACCAUCCCAAAGGUGACCUUUUUUCUCUAUUUAGUUGCGAUAAUAAGGAAUCGUCCGCGACAACCUGCGGUCGUUACUUGAAACCUAUUAGCUUAAAAACAUGGACUGUCUUCUCAGAAAAGAAUGCCGAUAACUACCUUUCGUGGGUUUUAUAUCUUACCGAGACAUUCUACAAUCUCCUCGAUCAACUGUGGAAAGAAUGUUGCGAUAACUGCAAUAAACCAGGCACCAGGUGCCACGGUAAUACCUGUUAUAAAAAUUGUCAGACGUUGCAAAAUCCUCCACUGCCUGCUAGUGCGAAGCAUCACACACUGUGCAAAUCCAUAGCUCAAUGCCCAUUCACACGUCCAACAAUAUGUACAUACGGCUUCGUAAUUAAAAGCUCAUCGAACCUUAGCGACGAAAACGGCGUAGAAAAUAAGCGCACGUGCAAAGAUUUCUGUAGAACACUAGAGAACGUUCUAAGUAAAGUAAAAGACAAGAAUGAUGUACUUGCCAAGUUGGUAUUUGAGACAAUACCUGAAUAUUUGUGGCAAAUACGUCUCCCAUUCUCAUACCUCUUAUUAGCCCUCUGGUCGCUGUCGCUCCUGUACCUGCUGCACAUCGCCGUCGUCCGCCUCGACGUCCUCAGGAUACGCUCCCACCUAAAAACACCCUCAAGCCACCGCAUCGCCGCGCAGUCCCUCCUCGCCGCCGCACGCGUCAAGGCACUCGCCAACGUCAAGUACUUCUCACCGUAA